GAGCAACAACUUGGAGGCUGUGGUGUCCAGGUCCUAUCAAGUUCGCCUUUUCCUUGAGGAAAGUACACAUUGGCCGCCGGAACUUGAUUGAAAUCCGUCCAGAAAAGAAGACGACAAAAACCAUGUCCACCACCUCCAACAUCUCCUGGGUCACGUCACUCGAUCCCAACCGCACCGCGUGGGCCAACCACAGCGAGAGGGGCAACGCCUCCGAAGUGCUCGGGCCUUGCUCGAACGCUUCUCUUUAUUUCACGGCCACCUGGGACAUUUUCACCUCGGCCACGCCCGUACUCAUCCUGACCGCCUUUGCCCUGGGCCUCGUGCUCAACCUGGCCGUCCUGCUGGUCUACGCGCUGCACCGCGGCGCCCAGACAGUGGCCGACGUCUACGUGACGAACCUCACGGUGGCCGAGCUGCUGCUCGUCGUGAACCUGCCCUUCUGGGCCACCGCCGUGAAGCGGGGCCUCAGCUGGCCCUUCGGCGACUUCAUGUGCCGCGCCACCAACGCGGUGCUGUACGUGAACAAGUACGCCAGCGUCUUCUUCUUGACGGCCGUCAGCCUGGACCAGCACCAGGUCAUCUGCAAGACCAUGCAGUCCCACGCGAAGCGCCGCGUGUCGCGUGUACGCCUCAGGUGCGUCGCCUUGUGGCUCUGCUCCCUGCUGCUCAGCCUCCCCGUGGUCAUCUUCCGCAACGUGCGGCCCUUACCCGAGAACGGCCUCCCCGCGGUGUGCCUCCUCGACUACCCGAGCCCCACCUGGAACGUCGUCAACAGGAUCCUCUUGGACGUCCUGGGCUUCGUGCUUCCCUUCGCCACGAUCGGCGUGUGCGGCUUCCGAAUUCGGAGGAGCCUCCUGCGCUCUCGGGUGUCGACGCGGUCCGGCGGGGAGCUGGUCGCGUCGGGGGCACGCGACCAGGAGAGGAGCCGCGCCAUCGCGGCCAUCUCCAUCGUGGUCGUGGGCUUCUUCGUCUGCUGGUUCCCCUUCCACUUCAACAGCUGCUGCGGUUGGCUCCUCAAGACCGACGUGCUGGCCGACAAAUGUUGGUGGAAGUUGCUGUGGAACCUGUGCAGCCAGAUAAGCACCUACUUCGGAUUCCUCAACAGCUGCAUCAACCCUGCGCUGUACUUCACGGCGAGCAGGGCCUUCCAGCGCAAGGCGCUCCAGGUGCUUCGCUGCAGGCGAGACCAAGCGUCCACUUCCUCGAGCAUCGCCUCGAAGUCCAGGAGCAGGGCUGAGCACGCGAGUGUGGGCCACACGUCCUCGCAAGCGUCCUCCUCCAUGUGA